AUGCUCAAGAUGGCCUUUACCGCCUACUAUAGGCGAUUACGCUCCUUAUACUUAUUCUUUAUUCUUCUUGCUAUUGCAUUACUAUUCUUGAGCAGCCGUGAAAGCACCAGGAAUCUACUUCUUGGUGAUGAACCGAUAUGGCAGAGCCUUUUUACUGAUGACGACGACACGCUGUGGUGGAAUGAUCGGUUCCCCUGUGAGAAACACGAACCCAUUCGCAUCGCCAUUGUCGAGUCUGCUGGUGUCCACGACGAAGUGACGGCGGCGCUGGUAUAUGCCUUUGGAGGACACCCAAAUGCAGAACUGAGGCUCUAUUUUGCGAAACAACGCUACAAGUCUGAUGUUAUCAUCAACGACCUUGAGCUGGAAACACCAAUCUUAUCUGUUAACAACUCCAACACCUUCAAGGAUGAUGUCAAGAAUCUUCCUCCUCCCCAUUUCGUUAUUUCUACGACCUGUGAAUUGGACAUGGAAAAACGAGAGUCGGUAGUUAAUCCUCUUCGACACCUUCUUCACAACGAAACGACACACCUGUUCUGCUUAGUCCACCAUGCCGACUACUGGAACAAGGGCAAACACGUCGACGUCGUCCGAGAAUGGGUUGACCAGGAACGAGUUGAUUUCAUCGGCCUCAGCCAACAUACUGUGGACUUUCUUCUACAAAAGUCUGUGACGCAGUGGAAAGACUUGCAGGCAACCGUCACCGCACGAACAUUUCCUCCAGUUUUCCCGAUUAAUCAGACAAACGAGGAGUCUUCAAGCGAAGUUUCACUAGCUAUGCAGGGAGAUUACGCUCCCGAACGUCGAGAUUACAAACGAAUCUUUGGCAGCCUGGACAAUGUCGUCAAGAAGAUGAAUGGAACGACCGAUUUGACGAGCGGCCAACCUGCCGACAAAGUCAAAUUACACUUAAUCGGACAUGGCCCGCACGUCCAAGUUCCUGAGAACAUUCGCAACAACGUUGCGUUUGACGAGGAUCUUUCAUAUCCCGACUUUUACAGACUACUCUCAAAGUCAUACGCAGUGAUUCCUGCAUUUGCAUCUGAUACCUACUUGGAUCGCAAAGCGUCUUCUACGGUUCCUGCUUCCCUUAUUGCAGGAGUUCCUCUGGUAGCGAGCGAAAAGAUUAUUGCGGCAUAUUCAUAUCUACCGCGCGAAGCAGUCUGGCUAUCAGAGCCGGAUGAGAGGGAAAUGGAGACAGUUGAGAGGGUAGUUGGGGACGCGAAAGCAUACCAGGACAAGAAGGACAAGGUCCAAGCUGCAGCCAAGAAGCUAAUGAAACAAAACAGGCUGAAUGUGAGGAAAUGGAUGGAUGAGGAUUUCAGAAAGAGCGGGAUUGUGCCGGCAGACGCAGACACUGGCUCAUCAUGA